CCCGUCUGGCGUCAGACGAGGGCGGGGUGGGGCGCGCGAUCUUGGAUCUCCUUUUAGCAACAAGGAAGAAUAAGAAGAAAGCGAGGAUUGUUGGGGCUCGCGCGGUCGCUUCCAGGCGUAACAGUGUUUGAAGAUGGCGCUGGUGAAAAGUGGAUGGCUGCUCCGGCAAAGUACUAUAUUAAGGCGCUGGAAGAAGAACUGGUUUGAUCUGUGGGCUCAUGGCCAUUUGUUAUUCUAUGAUGACCAACAUCGGCAGGAUCUAGAGGAUCGAAUUCACAUGAAAGUUGACUGCAUCAACGUCAGAGUGGGAAAUGAAUGCCGAGGUUUCCAGCCUCCAGAGGGGAAGCCUAGGGAUUGCUUGCUGCAGAUCAUUUGCCGUGAUGGGAAAGUGCUCAACCUCUGUGCAGAAAGUGCUGAUGACUGCUUAGCUUGGAAAAUUGCUCUCCAGGAUGCCAGAACAAAUGGGGCCUAUAUUGGUUCGGAAGUGAUGUAUGACGACAAUACAAUUUCCUCGUCUCCUCCUCCGUACACGGCUUAUGCAACACCAUCGCCUGAGGUUUAUGGCUACCCACAGUACAAUGGCGCAUAUCCACCACCCGGGGCUCAGGUCUUCUUUACUUCUAAUGGACAGACGUAUGCAAUCCCCUAUCAAUAUCCAAACCAAGGUCCUUAUGGCCACCCUCCUGCGAAUCAUGUCAUCAUUCGAGAGCGCUAUCGGGAUAAUGAUGGGGACCUGGCGCUUGGCAUGCUUGCUGGAGCAGCAACAGGAAUGGCCCUGGGCUCGUUGUUCUGGGUGUUCUAGGCUCCCUCUGGAGCCACAAAGCGAAGGGAGACCUGAAGUCUUCUGUGUGCAAUAAUAUGUAUUUGCAAAGUACUUCAGUUUAAUCUACAAUUUUUUUCAAUAGGUUCUAGUAGUACUUUUUGCUGGUGACAGGCAGAUUGUAGUUAACAAAAAUUCCCAGCUGUCCCAAAGGUGCCCUUUAGUUGAAAAGUGGUUAGCAUAAUGGCUCGUGGUCAGAUGAGUUUGUGAUUCUAUGCAUUGAUAAGUAAGUAGCAGUAAUAUCAAUGAAGUGUUACUAAUGAUGGCUAAAUGGCCACAGUUGACUCAUUUUUACAGUCAAAUAUUAACCAUCUUGUUAAAAUUACUUCAGCUACUGCCUCAGAAUGCUAACUGGAAAGCAAGGGAGCACAAAAGUGGGCAUUUCUGAAUCCAGGGGAUUUUGAAUCCGAUAUUUUUCUUAGCACUCCUAGAAGACAAAGAUGAUGAUUCAGUAGCCAUGCCAUGGGAUCCAUUGACUGUUUUCUUGUAUUCAAGGGAGAUCUCUGGCAUUUCAGUAGCUUGACAAGGAUUGCACACUUACUGAACAAGUCCUUUCCAAGGCUAAACCAGGGACGGGGAACCUUUGGCUCUUGAGAUGCUCUUGGACUACAAUUCCCAUCAUCCUUGAUCAGUGGCUAUGCUGGCAGGAGUUCAACAAAAUAUGGAGAGCUCAAAUUCCCUCUCCCUCGUCUAAGCAAUAGAAAAAUCUGACAUUUCUUCUAGAAAGGAGUUUGGAUUACCAUGCAAACCAUUCCAGUGUCCUAGAAACCGCAACCUCACUUAGAUCCUAGUAACAGUUCCUUAGGGUAACAGUGGCUGGAAAGAAAGUUUAACAUGCGGACAUCAGGCCUCCGGAACAUUUGCUAAGGCAGGUAGAAGGAUAGUUAAUUAAUAGGUGGUAGGAGGUGUUGUGAUCAUUCUGGGGAUAAAUGUGUUCAAAGUCUAACUUACUGGUUUAGGUAUAUGGGAACCUUUUGAAUCUGUAUUGAGAUUUACACAAAGUAAUUAUGCUCUCUUACCUGCAACUACAAACUACUUCUAACAAGGGCUUCUACUUUCCAGACACACUACAGAGAUACCUCUGUUUUGGUUGCACGCUCCAGUCUUGUAUGUGCUUCUCCUUCUGCAGCUAAAUUAUCUGCUUUAAAGACGUAAGAUCCCUACUUCUGCGAGAGGACAGAGAAAUGAGCAAGUAUCCCCACCCAGAAAUUAUUUUCAGCGGUGUAGGUUAACAAAAAGAAAGGCACACCUGUUUUUAUCCAUCCGUUGCUCGUGCAUCCUGUUAAAAUCUGAGAUCUACACAAGACUCUUCCAAGUGUCUAUAGGCUGUGCUGUGUUCUUUGGUGAACCUGCAAGCUUUGAACAGCAGCGAGCAAAGGGGGUUUGGGUUGUGCCGCCUGCCAUAAUGACAAACCCUAGCCGAAUGCAUUCCAUUCCUAUUUAAAUGGGAAAACUGAAUUGUGAGUGAGGGAAAGGCAAGGUAGUGGUGCUGGAAGUCUUAAUAUUGGUCUUGUACACCUUGUAUGCCAGAGUUUGCCUUGGGUGUGUCUAUGCAACUGCUGUUGAAAUGCAACAGGGGGACCUUAUUGCAUCCAGCAGUUGUUGGAUUUGAAAGUGUGGCUUUUUAAAAACCCUGUCAGCAGUCUAGGACAUUUCAAAAGACAGUACUGUGAACUGAAGAAUGUGUGAACUGAAGAUGCUUUAUUUAAUAGGUCUGCAGUCUCUUAUUUAAUACCCAGGCAAGUAUGUUGGAAGCCUUGUAAGUUACUAAGAAACCGAUAAUACACUAAAAGCAGCACUAGUUUCUGCUCUGAUUUUGUAAUUUAUCUAGUGUAAUUUUAAGACCAUCUCUUCUGUGCUAUUAUGUGUACUGUACAGAACUGUAGAACUUCCAGAAAACUCCUUUCUUUGUAUUUGUUACUUUGUGAGGAGAGAAGAAAAUAAAUGUAGUCUUCGAA